AGCCACUCACUACGCAGCCAUGGCGAAUCCUGACCAUGUUUCAGAUGUGCUGCACAAUUUGUCUAUUGAUCCAGCAACCAAGGUUUUAGCUCCUGAUUCUGAAACUAAGGGGGCUUUUGGCGGAAACGGUAAUGACUAUUUGCUCAAUGGUGACUUAUUGGAGGCUACCAAAACUGGUAAACCUAGUCUUUUGUCUAAAGAUGGAGGUUUGACCAAAGACAAGGGAUCAAACCUGAAGAAACUCGGGUACCAAAGCUCAGCUUAUAACGCAAAGGGUUCGUAUGGGAAGGGUGCUUACUCUUAUGGGUACUAUUCCCCAGCAUAUCAGUACCCAAGAUAUGGUUACAGUGGGAGCUAUGCUUCUGGAAAAACCAAUCUUCAGUAUCAGUACCUGACUCAGCAUGGAAGAUCAGCUGGUACAGGUCAAUCUUAUGGAGGAUACAUGGACAACAUUUACUCCAAUUAUGGGAUGUGUGGACCUUACACGAAUGGCUAUGGGUAUGGCUCUUACGGUUAUGACUCAUGGAAAUACAUGCCCAACUGGUAUGCGGUUAACAAUACCUACAAGACCAGAAAUGGGCUUCAUGGAUAUGGCAAAGAAAACAUUGAGGGAUUAAAUGAACUGAAUAGAGGUCCACGAGCUAAGGGUUUCAGCAGCCAAGAUGGUUCCAAGGUGAAGACUGUGUCUUCCAAGGAGCAGAGAGUGACUGAGACUGAGAAACUCAGUGAAGAUGUGUCUCUUUUAGAUCCCAAGGACUACAACAAGAUUGAUUUCCCUGAGAACUACUCGGAAGCAAAGUUUUUUGUAAUCAAAUCGUACAGUGAAGAUGAUAUUCAUAAAAGUAUCAAAUACAGUGUUUGGUCCAGCACUCCUAAUGGUAACAAGAAGCUGGAUGCUUCAUAUAACGAGGCAAAACAGAAGUUAGAUGGCUGCCCCGUGUUUCUACUUUUCUCUGUAAACACGAGUGGACAAUUUGUUGGUUUAGCCGAGAUGGUAGGCCCUGUUGAUUUCAAUAAGACUGUCGAAUACUGGCAACAGGACAAAUGGAUUGGUUGCUUCCCUGUUAAGUGGCAUUUCGUUAAAGAUAUCCCUAAUAGCUCCUUGAGGCAUAUAACUCUGGAGAACAAUGAGAACAAGCCGGUUACAAAUAGCAGAGACACACAGGAAGUAAAGCUAGAGCAAGGCGUUAAAGUCAUCAAGAUUUUCAAGGACCAUGCAAGCAAGACAUGCAUCCUCGAUGAUUUUGUGUUCUACGAGAAUCGUCAAAAGAUUAUCCAAGAGAGGAAAAGCAAACACCUGCAGAUCAAAAAACAGACGCUGGUGGCCAAUGCAGACAAAAGAGACAACAGUGUAUUGCCAAAAAUUAAUAUUGUGAAACCUCAAGAGUCUACUACAGCCUCGGAUGAUACAGCAGCACUAGGAGUUGCGACUGAAGUGACUAGAGAAUCGAAAGUGGUGAAAGAAAACGAGUUACCUGUGGAGAAAAAUGCUGUUGCUACUGCCUGCUGAACCAACCUUUGGUUGUAAGAGGGAACUGGGGCUGUUUUAGGCUAUUUAGAGUGUUUCCCUAGUUUUGUUUCCAUUCCUGAAUUUGCAGACUUUUUGUUUUGUUCGGAACCGAGUUGCAAGGGUAGUGGCUUAGUAGAUGAAGUUUUGGCAUGAGCAUUCAUCAACUUGCAGUUAAUCUCUAUCCCUUCAGUAGUGGUCCAAUAUAUGAGGAUAUGGGUA